AAGGAAUACGUAUGCAAAAUGUCAGAUCCCAACCAGCUAAGAAAGAGAAAUGUGGGGAAAGCAAACCAAAGAAACCACUCCACGCCAGUCAAGCCGCCCACCUACCAAGUAAUUCACGCGUGUUCUUUUAUUGACUGUGCCAUUCUUGUGCCAGAAGCUUUUUCCCAUCUAUAAAUUCAAUACCCAACAAUGAAUUCUUCGGAGACUUUUGCUAUCUCCGCUCUGAAUCGUCCCACAGUGUUAGUUCCUGGUGAAAAUAGAAAUAAAUUUUCUGGGCUAAGUGGGUUCGAUCUGCAGAUCUGUAAAAAGAGAAAAGGAUUCAAUCUUGUACCUUGUUUUCAUAUAGUUUCUGUGUGAAUAGGCUUUUCAUGGCGUGCCAGUUGGCCUUUGGAUCGUCAGCGGUCACAUGCAGCACUUCGUAUCUGUCAUGUGACCAGGGGCUGAGGAGGAGAGGUGCUUCUGCUGUUGCCCGAGCUUGCAUGGCUGACAGUAUGGUGAACACUGAUCAUCAUUCUAUUCUUGGUGUGAGGAGAAAUGCCUCGAGGAACGAGAUCAAGAGCGCGUAUAGAAAUCUUGCCAGGCGAUACCAUCCUGAUGUUUGUAAGGAGAGGGGGAGUGAGCAGAGGUUCAAGCAGAUCAAUAGAGCUUAUGAGACCAUUAUCAACGAUUACAGUUGCUUCCAAUCUGAGGUGGGCAUUGACUGCAGCAUAGAAGAUUUGUUCAAGACAGUAGCAUCUGAAGCAGUUCCUGACAUAUUCUGUUCCGAAGAAUGGUUCGAAGGCCUUGACUUUAACAACCCUUCUUCUUACACGGCUUCAUUCAUCCAUGAAAAUAUGGAUGAGGAAGUUUUCAAUGCAGGAAGCCAAUACAUGAAGUCAGAUGAGGUUGCUCCUUGGAUGGAAUACUAGCAUAAAUUAUCAAGAAUUUUAUUAAUACAGCUCUGUUUAGAUCUGUGAUUUUUUCUUGUCAAGAAGGUGAUCAAACUUCGUUUCAAGUGUAUAUGGUCCAAAACAAUUGCCGGUUUUAACUUCUUUUUUGGUUGAACUGCCAGGCGCAAGCAUGGCUUGAGGACCACUAUAAGAACGUUUGUAGGAUAGUGUGUAUAGCAUUGGACUAUAUAAAAUGUUUUCCAAGGACUGCUUGGAGUUGUAGAAAGUCCUGUAAUAUUUGGUGGAACAUUCUCCCCCUUUUUCAGUUUUAUACAUUUUAUAAUUGAAAAGACAAACUUAUGAUA